UUUUUCUUCUUCAGAUUCUCAUGUACAUCACCAUCUUCUAUCCCUUCUUUACAUCCAUUCUUUAUAUCUUACCCAUUUUCAUUUUCUUUCUUUCCUUCCCUACCGAUCUACCAUCUCUCCCUCUUCUAUUCAGUUCUUCUAAGUCUCCCCUCUCCCUCUCUCUUCCUCCCUCUUUUAUCUCCCCUCCGUCCUUUCCUUCCGCCCCUCAAUCUUUCUUUCCUCCUCUCCUCCUCCUCCCCUUCUCUCCCUCCUUCCGUUUGGCAAGGCGUCGAAGGUGUCUCUGUCUGGCUGCUGGAAUUCUUGACAAAAUCUCUUGAAGUCGUUUUUUUUCUCUUUUUUUUAUUCCUUUGUGCGCCCGCGUGAUUAACUUCCCCCUCCUCCUUCUCUUCCUCCUCCUCUCAUUGGUUUCCCUCUUCUCUCCAUUCCUCUUCCUUCUUCCACUCCUUUCAUUUCUUCCCUUCCCUCCUUUCCUUUUUCUUUCUUUUUUUUCUAUUGAUUCCCUUCUUUUCUUCUCCUAUUUCCUCUUCCACCACCAUCUUCCUUCAUUAUUUUCCUUCCUCUUCUACAUGUUCUUUAUCCCUUUCUUUCCUCUUUUGUUCCUCUUAUUUUCCCUCCCAUCAUUCUUCUCCUUUACAUCCUUUCUCUUCUUCCACCUCAUAUCCUUCUCUUCCAUUCAUUCUACCUCGUUCAUUCUCCUCCUCCGCUUUCUCUUCCUUUUUCUCCCCCUCCUCCUCCUCGGCCGCCUUCUCUUGCUACUUUUCCUUUUCGUCGUCUUCAUGGUCCUUCGUCUCUUCGUCUGUUUUCCCCAUCGUCGUUGCUUUCUUCCUCAUCCUCGUCUUCAUCUUCGUUCUCGUUCUCGUCCUCACGCAGAGUUGUCCUUAAUCUCCUCAACCCCACUUCGCAUCCACCUCACCGCUGAGAGAGAGAGAGAGAGAGAGAGAGAGAGAGAGAGAGAGAGAGAGAGAGAGAGAGAGAGAGAAUGUUUUUUCCUUGUAGCAUGCUGAUAAUUGCUUCGUUAUGAGAAUUUUAACAUGACUUUUUGCGGCGGGGUGCUCAUCGCGGGCGUUGGUGAGCGCCAGACGGGACGAGGCCAGGCCAUCCGUGCCGCCGUGACCACUCUUCGCGCCCCCCUUCGUGUGUUCAUUCGUGUGAGGAGCCUCCGUGGUGGCAGAGGGGCGGCGUGCGCACAGAGGCGGCCACAGGGUUGCGGUGUGAGACGCGGCGAGGCAGGGCAGGCAGUGUGUGCGGCGUGGCCAGUGAGGCAGGUGGUGGCGGCGUGAGUGGAUGCCCGGGACUUGCUUUCCGUCAGGCGGGGCGACGCGCGCCAUGGAAACUCUUGAAAACUUUCCUCACGCGACGCCGGCCGCCCGUCAGCCGUCACCGGGCCUGGCAAGACGCAUGGCAACUCCUACUGUGGUGCAAGAGACUUUGUUUUGCCAUGGAGACUGCAACUCGCAAAAUCUUUGAACGCGCACAUUAAAAAACAAACAAAUCAAAAACAAAACUCCACGCGACCAAAUGUAAGCUGUCUACGUGGCCUUUACAUGUCACUGUGAAUCUAGUGAGCUGAAAGGAUGAGGUAACAAUAUAGAGAAGAAAUAACUGGAAGUGUCUGAUGAAGGGAACUUUAACACACACGAACUACCACAGAAUAGUCGGUGAAAACAACAAUGAGUUAAGAGAGUAAGGCAGGAAAGAGAAAGAGAAACAAAAAUCAUCAAACACCAAGACGAUAUUGACUGUGAAGAGCCGUCAGAUCCUAUUGAACUAGACGAAGAGUGGAAAGAAGAGUAAAAAGAGGGAGGGAGCGGAAGGAGAGAGUGAGAGACAGUGAGAGACGCAGAAGAAAAAGCAAGGAAGCAAGGAAGGAAUAAAAGAUUGGAAGGAGCGAAUGGAGGAAGAUGAGACCCAGGUGGAGGAAGGAGGACGAGUGAAGAGUGACAUCUCCGUGCUGCUCGGCGUCACGUGAAGGAAAAUGUGAAAGAAAACCUGAAUAUAUAGAAAAAAAGAAACAGAAAUAGAAAAAAAAAAAGAAAUCUAGGACACAUAUUAUUCAGCUUGAGGUAAAAAAAAAGUGAGAUUCAGAAAAAAAAAAGAAGAGAGUAACAAGCGUCUCAAGGGAUAAGAAGUGUUAGUGAGGAGAGAGAGGCAGGCAGGCAGGCAAGCAGGAGGGAACAUGUGAGGCGCCAGGCGAGGAGAGGAAGAGGCAGGCAGUGCGCGUGGACCGACCUGCCUCACCUUCCCUCCCUCCCUCCCUUCUCCCUCACCAGCCAUGGCCUCCCCCUCCUCCCCCUCUGCUCCUCCACCACGCAGCUUCACUUCACAAAGCAGGAAGAGAGGCGUCGUGCGGACCAGCUGACGAGUCAAACCAGUGACGCAACACCCACCCACCGCCAGCCAAUCACGAGCCAGCCUGCAAUGACGUCACGGGGCGCGGGGGACACACCACUUCGCCAGCGGGAGAGGCUGGGGCGCGGCAUGCCAGGGGGUGCGCGCUACCUCACUGCAUGACUCCCUGCUGCCCCCCCCUCUUUUCUGCCCUCCUCGCUGCCCCCCUCGCUGCUGCCCCCCACCCCCCCUCCCCCCACGGCCAUGGAGUCACGGGUCAUCAUCCCCCCCACCCUCCCCACCUUCGGCCACGCCACCGUCUACGUCUAUCCCACAGUGGCGCCGCGGGUGGUGGUGGUGCCCAUCAUCACGUGCAUCAUCGGCUUUCCCGUGCUGGUGAUGCUGGUAAUCUGCGGCCUCAGGUACAGGGCGCGGCGGGCUCGCAUCACCGCCAAGAACGCCCACAGCGUGGAGUCCUCCGGGUCGGCCCUUGAACUCACCUCCGGCUCCUCCAUCCUGUCCAGCCGCUGCACCAACGGAAAAGCUCACCGGCUGAAAAAGAGGAAGAAGGCCCUUGUGAGGUUCAAGCCGAUGCCGGAGAUAGACUUGGACACCGUCGUGGAGGAGAAGUCCGAGUUCGAUGCUGAGGUGACGGCGACUGACCUGCUGACGACCCCAGAGGAGCUGAUCAUUCCGGAGGAGACCACGCCGCCCGCCUCCUUCAGGGCCUACAGGUAUAUGGGCGCCGUCAGCCAGCCGCCCCCGUCACACUCCCCCAACAAGGCGUCUCCGUUCAGGUCUCCUCAUCUGGACAAUGUCGCCGAGGAGCUUGAGCUUUGCGGAGACAUGAUGCUGGAGGUGAGCGACGAUGAGCAGCUUGAUGACUUUGACGAGGACGAAGAGGAUGAACUCGAUGAGGACGACCUCGAUCUUGACUUGGAGGCCAUCGAGGUGGAGGGCGUCUGCCUGGAGGUCGAGGAAGGAGACGAUCAACUUGAAGGCAGCGAUGAUGGCACCCUGGGGACCUGUUUCACACUCUCGCCCAAACAGGUUGCCAAGUCUCCCACCGGCGUUCACUUGGCACUAAAAAAGCUGGACGGUGCCAUAAAAAGGCGGCACUCGAGUCCUGUCAAGGUCAACUAUGGCAAGAAUCGAGGUCACCAGCAGCGCUCCUCAGCCAAGGUCGUCCACACGUACGCGAAGGAGGAGGAACACACGCUAAAGCCUCCUCCACUCAAGUACAACUUCGACUACAUCGACCGCGAGUUGAUGCCUCGCUACUCGCCGCGUCGCUCCCACUCCGUGAAGUACACGAACAACCGGCGGGCCACGUCCUUCACGGGCAAAAAGCGUCACGGAGAAUCCUUCAAACUGAGGAGUAAGAGUUUCUCCAGAAGCAUUUCGCAAGUCCACGACGGCUCUGACGGGAGACUUCCAGGCCACCCGAAAAGUGCCUCCACCUCGCAGGAGUUCCACAACGGCGUGAUGGAGUGCGAUGUCCACGUCGUGAACGAGUAUGGUGCUGAAAUCAGUUCGAGCAGCUGUAGUGAGCGGUGCAUGAGUGGCGCGACGAGCACCAAGAGUGUCUCGGACGCGGACACUUUCCCGAACGGCAGCGAGACUGACUGGUCGGUGGGCUCCCGGGAGUGCCACAACCCGGUGCGUGCCACGAUGUCCCUGCCGGUGAGAACCUAUUCGAAAGAGUCGGACAGUCCAUUGAAGAGGAUGUCGCAGGGCCCGAGAACAGCAUGUAGUGUGGAGGGGGCGUGUAGGGUGUAUAGGGCCAGCUCCCCCAUGGACGAGGGAGAAGGGAGAGAGAGCCAGUGCCAGACAGACAAGGUGGGCCAGGAAGGCGAUUGUGCCCAGGACCAGCAGCCGCGUGUGGCUGGCCGGGACAGAGACGAGGAGGGGAGCACACUUGUCUGACGGCGCCGUGGCGGCACCAGGACGCGCGUGCUGUGAUGGACUCAGUGGUGGUGAAUGGACGAACUUUGUAACAUACUGUUUGUGAAAGUUUCCAGCUUAGAUUUUUCACUUGUAACCUUUUGUUUUUAGGUUAUUAUAAGGGAGAACACGGUGACAACAUGGUGGCAGCAGCUUCGACGAAAAGCAAAAAACACAUCUUCCAGUAUAUGUAUAGUUUAAAUGGUUCCUAGUUUUGUUACGAAAUGGUGAAGGUAGAGCGAGAUCGAGCCCGAGGACGCGGAGAGCAACCUGUCGUCUCUCCUCCGCCCUGUUGGCCCUGACGCCUGGACAAGGAAGCAAGGAAGAGACCGCUUCUCCCUCUGUUGCUGCGAUUUUGUUUUGUCUGUCUCUCUUUUCAUGAAUUGUGAAUAUUUUCAUGGCAAAAGCUAAGGUUGGAUCUCCUUUUGUAUGAACACACACACACACACACACACACACACACACACACACACACACACACACACACACACACACAACUUAUACAACCCCAUUCCAUACGAUACCAUACCAUACCAUACCGUACCAUUCACAUUACCAUGCAUGUCACCUACCAACAUCAUUUCCCCUCCCCCCUCCCCCCCUCCCCCCCUUUUUGUCCCUCACCUGAGUGCGUCACACCUGUUCCGAUUGAAUUAGCUGCAGCGUGGCGCGUCCUUGGCCCAAGUACAGGGGCAAUUAGUCACAUCCGUUCAUUUGGUUAAACUUUUAAUUGGCCCUUUGACGUGUAACCUUUUUAUAAAUUCGUAAUAACCCGACGUCAUAAUGGCACUCCUGAUUGAUGGGUAUAAUGAGGAUAAUAAUAAUGAUGGUAGCGGACGAUCCAUCAUUCCUCCAUCAAUUAAUAACGUUAAUGACAGAGUGAUGGUUCAGUAGGUUCUCUUGUGUACGAGUCCGGGGUGAGCAAUUAGCCGCCCCCACCGCCCAUCCCCACCACUAUCAUCAUCGGCAUCAAGGUCACCACAACGUUAACAGUCACCACCUUGUCCAUCACCCCCCCCAUCACAGUCAAAAUGAUAGCCGAUAAAAUUGCUAUCAACAGUAUAAGUGUCAUUAUUUUUACUGCUGUUUUCAAUUCCAUCACACGACCACCGCCAUCACUACCACCACCACCACUGCUACCGCCGCCACCACCACCAUCCCUACCACCACCACCACUACCGCCUUUGCUGUGAUUAUGAAACUCAUCUUUUUCACUCUAUACCAUUUUCUUCUCGCUGUUCUUUCGAAUGUUAAAUCUCUUCUCUUUCACACCUACCCACCCACCCACCCACACACACACACACACACACACACACGUUACAUGCUUAGCAACCUAGCAAGUUUUAUAUACACAUACAGUAUCGUGCUAAUAUAAAUUAAUAUAACGAAGAAAAAAUAUCACAAUAUAUAUAUUUUCACUGAAUAAAUAAAUCUUUAUUCGUAAGGAUGAAUAUAAAACAAGUCGUGUAAGUCUGUCUGAGUGUUAAUGAUUAAUGUAAACUAUCGGUCAUUUCUUUGGCCUCUCUCAACAUUCCUCUGGACUCCACCUUCCUUUCCUCGUCUUUUGAAAUAGUAGGAAGGAAAAGGAAUUGCAAGAGUCCAAGGAAUUCUCCAGUACUUCAUUUUCCACAGCAUUUUCCUCUCCAGGGGCGGACCUACCCCAGGCGCUGAGAGCCCCAGCUGCCCGGGUAUGUACGAGGGUUUAAUGAUUUCCUCCUCCUCCUCCUCCUCCUCUUCCUCCUUACCUUUUCCUUCUCUUCCUCCUCCUCGUCCUUCUUCCCCUCCUCUUCCUCUUCAUAGUCUUGCUCUUACUCCUCUUUCUUUUCGUGACCUAACUCCUCCUCCUACUCUUCCUCCGCAUUCUUUCCUCCUCAUAUCUCAUCCCCUGGAGAGAGGAAGGGGGAAGGAGGGAAAAGAGUAGGCUCGUACAUCUGCUGGAUCUUGGCAAGUACUCCCCGUCCCCGCCUCGCCUCCCGCCCAGAUUCUGGAUUCCUAUAUUCUCUCUUUAGAAUUUUCCUAAAUUUCAAUUUCCAGCUUUGGAAGUUCAGUGAGUCACCACAUCCGCGUUUCCUGACUUCUACGUUUCAUGGCUCCCUCGGUAGUAAAUAUCCGAUACCCUGCUUUCCAUUUAUCGUGGUUUCCGAUAUUUGAUAGUCUCGAUUCUGAUUCCAAAUAGCUGAUUGUCGAUCCCCAAUACUUUUGGCUGCCGUCAUUUCAGAUUCUCUAUUUCAGUGACUCACAGACGAUCGGAUCAGAUAUGAAUUGGUGAUAGUGUGUGAAAAACGCGACAACUUUAGAUAUGGCUCAUCUCCCCUAACACAUAACAAUGUAUUUAAUAAGAGUUUGUUUUCUGCCAAUCCCAUGGCGUGGCGUGGCGCUGACUUUAUUACUACCUGUUGCCGUACGUUAUGCUUACUGAGCUCUCAUCAAAAACUAUUAUUUUGAAAACAAAGUAAUCAAAGCGUCUCAGUGAAAGUUCGACUGGUAUGAAGAUGCGGAGACUGUCAACGUUGUCUGAGAUUUGUCAAAUUCGAAGUUGUGUGGUCAACUUUUAAUUGAUUUUUGCAGUGCUGCUGUUGUCACUAUCUACUACUACUACUACUACUACUACUACUGCUACUACUACGGUACUACUACUACCAAUAUACCACUGCUUCACCCAGCUUUCCCUCGCGGCGCGUGCUGGCGGGUCGGCGGCGUGGGGCGGGGAAUGCUUCUCAAAGUCCUCCCAAACAAGAUGUCUGAGUUGUUUCCGCCGCGAGUGGCCAUUAGUCGCCGGCGGCGCCUGACGCCUGACAUUCGAGCCUCAUCGCGAAAUGUUCGCCGUCAGGGGUCGCCGUCUAACCUUAUACCAUUCAACAUUUAUUUACUGACCUGUGUGGCGCACCGAGACUUAUCUUCCCAUUGAUGCGAGUCAGUCCCAUGUGUGUAUUAUGAAUAUUUCCAUUGUUGAUGGUUGAUGUUUGUAACAUAAUUUAAGUCGCAGCCCAAGGUCGCUGCUCCCUUCUGACAACAUUACAUUGUAACAUCU